UGUGUGUGCGUUACACACACAUGCAAACACUGAUGGGGCAAGGUCCUGGAAAACAGUUUCUCCUGGAUCAUCCCAUCAAAUAUCUAAGAUGGAGGACAAAGAAAACACAAGCAGCUCCUAUGAGAAACUAGUAAGUCAGGAUUUAACAGCUGAAGAUGAUCUUCCUGUUCACAGAAACCAGGAACACCAAGUGACCAUGUCAGCGCUGAGACCUGGUUUCACCUUGAAUCACUACAAAAUGUUCACAGUGAGCCUGGCGGUGCUCGCUCUCAUUCUGCUGGUGGUGGACAUUGGCCUGGGGGUUUACUAUUACAAACUUACUGAUGGUGAUGUUGUGAAGGACAUCAGCAGUGAGAUAGCCAAACUGCAGAUUUCGUACAACGCUGCGGUCCAAGGCAGAGACGACGCUCUGAAACUGCUGGCCACCGAGCGCAGUCAGCAGCAGGUCACCAGAUGGGAGCAUGAACACCUGACCGCCAGAAUCAAAGACUAUGGAAAUCAGGUUGAAAGGAUCCAGAUGGACAUUGCAACGCUAAAAUCCCAGCUUCCCAUGAUAAGAGAGGGUUGCAGACAUUGUGCACCAGGGUGGACUUUCUUGAGCUCGACCUGCUUCUACUUUCCGUUCGCCAGUACUUAUUCCCGCACAGUGUGGCAGGAAGCCCGGCAGUCUUGCCAGAGGCUCGGGGGGGACUUAGUGGUACUAGACAGCAGAGACAAACAGGUGGCAUUAUUUAAUUUCAUAAACACAUUCAGAAACCCCACCGGUAUUCUGCACCUCAGUGGCUUCUGGAUCGGACUGACUGAUGCAGAGGAUGAAGGAGUUUGGAAAUGGUUGGAUGGCACAAAACUGAAGGAGGGGUUCUGGAGUAUCGGAGAACCAAACAACGUAAACAAUGAAGACUGUGCAGCUAUUUAUCCCACCGACAACCCUUUCAUGGCUUGGAAUGAUGCCCCGUGUGAAUUUAGGCUGAAGUGGAUUUGUGAGUCAGCUCCGAGGUCGAUAGGUUAAUGUUAAUUUUCUUUUGAUGGGACACACACACACACACACACACACACACACACACACACACACACACACACACACACGCAAUUCUGGUUUAACUGUGUUGAAAAAAAUCAAUGAGAUAGUUGUAAUUUGCUAUUUUAUUCUCAGAACUGUACAGAAAACAUUUUUGAGUUUACAUCCUGUAAAGUUCACUAGAACUCAUUUCUAAGACAUUUAUCCUCAUAAGAACAAUAAAUAUUAUGUAAACUGAAA